AUGGCUGAUCAAAGCCUCUCUUCAGGAGAUAAUACCGGUCACCCCGAGCUACAGCAACUACGGAAGCAACUCCAUGCGAUCCUACGCGACAUGGCUGACCUGGGACCGGUAGUCACCAAACCUCCAGUGAUUGAUUCCUCAUUCGAUUCCGCUAGUAGCCAGGGAGAAAUUACUGAAGACGGGGUACCCGCUGAGUCAGUAGCAGGGCAUCGAGCCUUGAGGGAUGCGAUAAAGCGCGACCUAGAUGUUCUGGAGAGUUUCCUCGCUGAUCCUAGCAGCGCACAUCUACCCGCUCUCUCGACGAACGCGCCGUACCUCAUCGCGGUAUGGAACGAGGUGUUACUCGCACCGCCACCAGUCGUGUGCAUUUGGCAGACAUACCACGACAGUGCACACUCAGAGCUACGCAAACGAGGGUCCCGGAAGGCUCCUGGAGUAAAGAUUGACGUGGUGGCCGAGAACGGACAUAGAUGGAUACGGGUGAAUACAGCGAAGAACUCGCGCAUGCUUGCUGAGUUCCGCGAGCUCGACUCAUAUCUCGCCGAUUCGGACUCGGACUCGGACUCGGAGGCCUCUCAAUCGAUAUCCUCUGCCCAUCGACCCAAACCAGCGUCGACGGAGGUCGACAACUCGUUGCUGCGCAUGGGACGGGCUCUCCUCACAGCAGCCCAACAAAACCCUAUCCCAGGCACGGUCCCCCCGAAGGUUCCGUCCAUUACCCUCCGUCUGACGCGGCUUGAUCCAUCACCUGCGGAUUCCAAGGAACACGACGCUCGCAUCGGGCAGACGAUCGAUGCACUCCGAGACGUGGGGAUCGACGUGCAACUGGGAGAGCGGGAAAUUACGUCUAUCCCAAAAAGUGGACCCGCAAAACAAUGUCCGUCGCGUUUGGAGCCGACUUUGAAGGUCAACCUUGACCUAUCCAUACUGAUCGCACUGGUAUCGGACAUUACCCAUGCACCGCUCCCGCAGUCAGUAGAAGAGGCGGAGGCACGCUUCGUCCCACCUUCCUCAUACAUCGCGUGGAAACGCGAGCGUACUGCUACAACAACAAAAGUUGACGUAGCGGAAGGUCCUGUCAAGCACUCUCGCGCACUCGCCAAUCAGGCUCUCCAAGAAAGAGGCCGCGGGCUCCUCGAAGACAUAUAUGAUCGCCUCGCGUCCAUGACCCCUACAACUCCGUUCAAGGACGUCGAGUUCUGGACGACCUUUGAGGCGCGUGACCGCUUUCUGCGGAUCGUGUUGAGCAAGAUCGGCGGUGCAGGAGAACAGAGGCGUGCGCGUGCGCUGUUCGCAAGCGUACUGGAGCCGUCCAUGAACAGCGAAGAAGCGGAGGAGGCGUACUGGCUGGACUCGAGGUAUCCAAAAGGCUACCUUCCCCUACUACCCAUACGCGUUUUCGACUCGGACGAACCCCCGCAGGAUGAGACUCACGCUGAGGGGAGCUCCAAAACACUGGGACCCCAGACCGAAUUCCCGCGCCAGCUCGCGCAGACGUGCAGGGCUAUCCUCUCUGAGGGCAGCGCGCCCGCACCACCAUCCGCGCUUCCUUCGAUAAUACCUAGCACUGAGGGCGUCGAUGGAGAAGACGAGCCUAUUCCCCGCGCUGCCACGACGCGCGCCAACCCUCGCUUGACUGCGCAUACCGUGCGGAGCUUGCUCUGGGGCGCAAUCAACGGCUGGACGACGAUGACCGCGAACCGCGGGAGUGUCAAGGCGAUUCUACGCGAAGUCAAGACAAGGGGGCGUGCUGCUGGCGUCGGUAUAACAGGCAUGAAUGCAGAGGAGGGCCUGACGAGUGAUCGGGUAGAGAAGGCGGCGAUUUGGGUCGUCGAUCCUAGGAGUCUGGCUGAAGGCAUGAGAUCGGACCUUCCCCUUACCAACGCUGCGUAG